AUGGCGAGGCGGCCUCUAUGGUGGGGUCUCCGGGGACCGUCGACCCCGAUACUACUGCUUCUUCUCCUCUCUUUGUUCCCUUUUAGCCGAGAGGAGCUGGGGGGCGGUGGGGACCAGGGCUGGGACCCAGGGGUAGCUACUGCUACUGGGCCAAGAGCGCAGACCGGCAGUGGAGCCGUAGCUCUUUGUCCCGACUCUCCUGGCGUCUGGGAGGAUGGAGAGUCUGGCCUGGGAGUCAGAGAACCUGUCUUCAUGAGGCUCCGAGUAGGUAGGCAAAGCGCCCGGAACGAACGAGGGACCCCUGAGCAACCAAACGCGGAGCUGGUGGUCCAGGCAUUGGGUAGUCGAGAGCAAGAGGCUGGUCAGGGUCCAGGAUAUCUGUUAUGUUGGCAUCCAGAGAUCUCCUCUUGUGGGCGGACAGGGCCUUUACGAAGAGGUAGCCUGCCGCUUGAGGCUCUGUCCCCAGGGAAUCCAGAUCUGGGGAACAUCCCUCCCCAUCCUUCGGACCUUCUGGCUCAGCCUGAUGGCUCCAGGUCAGUGUCCUUCCAGCGUAAUGCUAGGAGAGCCUUUCGCAAGAGAGCGGAAACCUCUCGCUGCUGUGGGAAACUGUGGGCGCCAGGACGCAAGGGUCAGGGUGAGAGAUCCGCGAUUUCUCGAACGGAGAGGGGACCCCUUCGGCGGAACUGCCUUCCCGGCUCUCUGGGAUCUGACCUAGGGGAGAAUUCAGCACCACGUGCUGUGAGGACAGUUCCUACGCCAGAUUCAGCACCACGCGAGCCCAGGACAGCUCCCGAGCCGGCUCCCGAGCGCAUGCGCUCCCGCGGUCCCUUCCGCCACCGUUUCCUCUUUCUGCGCCCUGGGCCGCGCCCUCCAGGGUUCCAAACUGGUUCUGAAGCCAAGCAAAAACCCUCCAAGAACCAGGGUCGCCCCCGGCGUGCCGCAAACCGCCACCCGCAGUUUCCUCAAUACAACUACCAGACACUGGUACCUGAAAAUGAGGCAGCGGGCACAGCGGUGCUGCGCGUCGUGGCUCAGGACCCGGACCCAGGCGAGGCGGGGCGCCUCGUCUACUCGCUGGCGGCGCUCAUGAACAGCCGCUCGCUGGAGCUUUUCAGCAUUGAUCCUCAGAGUGGCCUCAUCCGCACGGCGGCCGCUCUGGACCGUGAGAGUAUGGAACGCCACUACCUUCGGGUGACCGCACAGGACCACGGCUCACCGCGCCUCUCAGCCACCACCAUGGUGGCGGUGACAGUAGCUGACCGCAAUGAUCACGCGCCAGUGUUUGAGCAAGCCCAGUAUCGGGAAACACUUCGUGAGAAUGUGGAAGAAGGAUACCCCAUCCUGCAGUUGCGUGCUACCGACGGUGAUGCGCCACCUAAUGCCAACCUGCGCUACCGCUUCGUAGGGUCGCCAGCUGCACGCAAGGAGGCAGCCGCCGCCUUUGAGAUUGAUCCACGUUCGGGCCUUAUCAGCACCAGUGGCCGCGUGGACAGGGAACACAUGGAAAGCUACGAGCUGGUGGUAGAAGCUAGUGACCAGGGCCAGGAGCCGGGGCCACGUUCAGCCACCGUUCGAGUGCACAUAACUGUGCUGGAUGAGAAUGACAAUGCGCCUCAGUUCAGCGAGAAGCGCUAUGUGGCACAGGUGCGUGAAGACGUGCGCCCUCAUACAGUGGUGCUACGCGUCACGGCCACGGACCAGGACAAGGACGCCAAUGGUUUGGUGCACUAUAACAUAAUCAGCGGCAACAGCCGUGGCCAUUUUGCCAUCGACAGUCUCACGGGUGAGAUCCAGGUAGUGGCACCUCUAGACUUUGAGGCAGAGAGAGAGUACGCUUUGCGUAUCCGGGCACAAGAUGCAGGGAGGCCACCUUUGUCCAACAACACAGGCCUGGCAAGCAUCCAGGUGGUAGACAUCAACGACCAUACUCCUAUCUUUGUCAGCACACCCUUUCAGGUCUCUGUUCUGGAAAAUGCACCCCUGGGCCACUCGGUCAUUCACAUUCAGGCAGUGGAUGCCGACCACGGGGAGAACUCCAGGCUGGAGUAUUCUCUAACUGGUGUGGCACCAGACACACCCUUUGUGAUAAACAGUGCCACUGGCUGGGUUUCUGUGAGUGGUCCCCUGGAUCGUGAGUCUGUGGAACAUUACUUCUUUGGCGUAGAAGCGCGAGACCAUGGGUCACCCCCACUCUCUGCUUCAGCCAGUGUCACAGUAACUGUGUUGGAUGUCAAUGACAAUCGGCCAGAGUUCACCAUGAAAGAGUACCAUCUUCGGCUCAAUGAGGAUGCAGCUGUGGGCACCAGUGUGGUCAGUGUGACCGCAGUGGACCGAGAUGCCAACAGUGCCAUCAGCUACCAAAUCACAGGUGGCAACACUCGGAACCGUUUUGCCAUCAGCACCCAAGGUGGUGUGGGCUUGGUGACACUGGCUCUACCCCUGGAUUACAAGCAGGAGCGCUACUUCAAGCUGGUGCUUACUGCAUCUGACCGUGCCCUUCAUGAUCACUGCUAUGUGCAUAUCAACAUCACAGAUGCCAAUACACAUAGGCCUGUCUUUCAAAGCGCUCAUUACUCCGUGAGCAUGAAUGAAGAUCGGCCAGUGGGUAGCACUGUGGUGGUCAUCAGUGCUUCUGAUGAUGAUGUGGGUGAAAACGCUCGCAUCACUUAUCUUUUGGAAGACAACCUGCCCCAGUUCCGCAUUGAUGCAGACUCAGGGGCCAUUACACUACAAGCUCCACUGGACUACGAGGACCAAGUGACAUACACACUGGCCAUUACUGCUCGGGACAAUGGCAUCCCACAGAAAGCAGAUACCACCUAUGUGGAGGUAAUGGUCAAUGAUGUGAAUGAUAACGCUCCUCAGUUUGUGGCCUCCCACUACACAGGCUUGGUCUCUGAGGAUGCUCCGCCCUUCACUAGUGUUCUGCAGAUCUCAGCCACUGACCGGGAUGCUCAUGCCAAUGGCCGGGUCCAAUAUACUUUCCAGAAUGGGGAAGAUGGAGAUGGAGAUUUUACCAUUGAGCCCACCUCUGGCAUUGUCAGGACUGUGAGGCGGCUGGACCGGGAAGCGGUGCCAGUGUAUGAGCUGACUGCUUAUGCUGUGGACCGUGGUGUGCCCCCACUUCGGACUCCAGUCAGCAUCCAGGUGACCGUACAAGAUGUGAAUGACAAUGCCCCUGUCUUCCCGGCGGAGGAGUUUGAAGUGAGGGUGAAGGAGAACAGCAUUGUAGGCUCAGUGGUGGCUCAGAUCACUGCGGUGGACCCCGAUGAAGGCCCCAAUGCCCACAUCAUGUACCAGAUUGUGGAAGGGAACAUCCCUGAGCUGUUCCAAAUGGACAUCUUCUCUGGAGAGCUGACAGCACUCAUAGACCUGGAUUAUGAGGCUCGCCAGGAGUACGUGAUUGUGGUGCAGGCCACAUCUGCUCCCCUGGUCAGCCGGGCCACUGUCCAUGUGCGCCUGGUUGACCAGAAUGACAAUAGUCCUGUGCUCAACAACUUCCAGAUCCUCUUCAACAACUAUGUAUCCAACCGUUCUGACACUUUCCCCUCAGGCAUCAUUGGGCGCAUCCCAGCUUAUGACCCGGAUGUCUCUGACCACCUCUUUUACUCCUUUGAGAGGGGCAAUGAGCUGCAGCUGCUGAUGGUCAACCAGACCAGCGGGGAGCUUCGACUCAGCCGGAAGUUAGACAACAACCGCCCACUAGUGGCCUCCAUGCUGGUAACUGUAACAGAUGGCCUGCAUAGUGUUACAGCACAGUGUGUGCUGCGUGUGGUCAUCAUCACGGAGGAGUUGCUGGCCAACAGCUUGACUGUGCGCCUGGAGAACAUGUGGCAAGAGCGCUUCCUAUCACCGCUGCUGGGCCAUUUUCUUGAAGGCGUGGCUGCAGUGCUCGCAACCCCUACCGAGGAUGUUUUCAUCUUCAACAUCCAGAACGACACGGACGUGGGGGGCACCGUGCUUAACGUGAGCUUCUCGGCGCUGGCCCCUCGGGGGGCUGGGGCAGGCGCUGCAGGGCCCUGGUUCAGCUCCGAGGAGCUGCAGGAGCAACUGUAUGUGCGCCGCGCCGCCUUGGCUGCCCGCUCGCUGCUCGACGUGCUGCCCUUUGAUGACAACGUGUGCUUGCGCGAGCCCUGUGAGAACUACAUGAAAUGCGUGUCAGUGCUCCGCUUUGACUCCUCCGCGCCCUUCCUGGCCUCGGCCUCCACGCUCUUCCGACCCAUCCAGCCCAUCGCCGGCCUGCGCUGCCGCUGCCCGCCUGGCUUCACGGGAGACUUUUGCGAGACUGAGCUCGACCUCUGCUACUCGAACCCGUGUCGCAAUGGCGGCGCGUGUGCGCGGCGCGAGGGAGGCUACACCUGUGUGUGCCGCCCGCGCUUCACCGGCGAAGACUGCGAGCUGGACACUGAAGCUGGCCGCUGCGUGCCAGGCGUCUGUCGCAACGGGGGCACCUGCACCAACGCGCCCAAUGGCGGCUUUCGCUGCCAGUGCCCCGCGGGCGGCGCUUUCGAGGGCCCGCGCUGUGAGGUGGCCGCCCGCUCCUUUCCUCCCAGUUCGUUCGUCAUGUUCCGCGGCCUGCGGCAGCGCUUCCACCUCACGCUGUCCCUCUCGUUUGCAACAGUGCAGCCCAGUGGGCUACUCUUCUACAACGGACGCCUAAAUGAGAAGCAUGACUUUCUGGCUCUAGAACUUGUGGCUGGCCAAGUGCGGCUUACAUAUUCCACGGGUGAAUCCAAUACAGUGGUGAGCCCCACAGUCCCAGGAGGCCUGAGUGAUGGACAGUGGCAUACCGUGCAUCUGAGAUACUACAACAAGCCCCGGACAGAUGCCCUAGGGGGUGCUCAGGGCCCUUCGAAGGACAAGGUGGCUGUGUUGAGUGUGGAUGACUGCAAUGUGGCUGUGGCUCUGCAGUUUGGUGCUGAGAUUGGCAACUACGCAUGUGCAGCUGCUGGUGUGCAAACAAGCUCCAAGAAGUCCCUGGACCUGACGGGCCCUCUGCUCUUGGGGGGUGUCCCCAACCUUCCCGAGAACUUCCCCGUGUCCCACAAGGACUUCAUUGGCUGCAUGCGAGACUUGCACAUUGAUGGCCGCCGAAUGGACAUGGCAGCCUUCGUUGCAAACAAUGGCACUAUGGCAGGCUGUCAGGCCAAGUUGCACUUCUGUGCCUCAGGCCCCUGCAAGAACAGUGGCUUCUGCUCAGAGCGCUGGGGUGGCUUUAGCUGUGACUGUCCUGUGGGCUUUGGUGGCAAAGACUGUCGCCUCACAAUGGCCCAUCCGUACCGUUUCCAUGGCAACGGCACACUGAGUUGGGACUUUGGAAAUGACAUGACUGUGUCCGUGCCAUGGUACCUGGGACUAGCAUUUCGAACACGGGCAACAAAAGGGGUCUUGAUGCAAGUACAGCUUGGGCCACAUAGCGUGCUCCUCUGCCAGCUGGAUCAGGGGUUGCUGUCCUUGACACUAAGUAGGGCCUCAGGCCAUGCCGCCCACCUCCUGUUGGACCAUACGACAGUCAGUGACGGCCGGUGGCAUGAUCUUCGGCUGGAGUUGCAGGAGGAGCCAGGUGGCCGAAGGGGCCAUCAUAUCUUUAUGGUUUCACUGGACUUCAACCUCUUCCAGGACACCAUGGCUGUGGGGGGUGAGCUGCAGGGCCUGAAAGUAAAGCAGCUCCAUGUGGGAGGCCUGCCCCCCAGCAGUAAGGAGGAGGGUCCACAGGGUCUGGUUGGCUGUAUCCAGGGGGUCUGGAUUGGCUUUACACCCUUUGGGUCCUCAGCCCUGCCACCUCCCAGCCACAGGGUAAAUGUGGAACCUGGCUGUGUUGUGACCAACGCCUGUGCAUCUGGGCCCUGUCCACCCCAUGCUAACUGCAAAGACCUCUGGCAGACCUUUUCCUGCACCUGCUGGCCAGGUUACUAUGGCCCAGGUUGUGUGGAUGCCUGCCUCUUGAACCCUUGUCAAAACCAGGGAUCAUGCCGCCACCUUCAAGGAACCCCCCACGGCUAUAUCUGUGACUGUCCAAAUGGCUAUUUUGGUCAGCACUGUGAACACAGGAUGGACCAGCAAUGCCCUCGGGGCUGGUGGGGAAGCCCAACAUGUGGUCCCUGCAACUGUGAUGUUCACAAGGGCUUUGACCCGAACUGCAACAAGACAAAUGGGCAGUGCCACUGCAAGGAGUUCUACUACCGACCGAGGGGCAGUGACUCAUGCCUGCCUUGUGACUGCUACCCUGUGGGCUCCACCUCGCGUUCAUGUGCACCCCACAGCGGGCAGUGCCCCUGCCGCCCAGGAGCCCUUGGCCGGCAGUGUAACAGCUGUGACAGCCCCUUUGCAGAGGUGACAGCCAGUGGCUGCCGAGUACUCUAUGAUGCCUGCCCCAAGUCCCUGAGAUCUGGUGUGUGGUGGCCCCAGACUAAGUUUGGUGUUUUGGCCACAGUACCCUGUCCCCGGGGGGCCUUGGGUGCUGCGGUGCGGCUGUGUGAUGAGGACCAGGGUUGGCUGGAGCCUGACCUCUUCAACUGCACCUCGCCUGCCUUCCGGGAACUCAGUCUGCUGCUGGAUGGCCUGGAGCUGAACAAGACAGCACUGGAUACCGUGGAGGCCAAGAAGCUGGCUCAGCGGCUGCGGGAGGUGACCGGCCAGACCGACCACUACUUUAGCCAAGAUGUCCGAGUUACUGCCCGCUUGCUGGCCUAUCUGCUGGCUUUUGAGAGCCAUCAGCAGGGCUUUGGGCUGACAGCCACUCAAGAUGCCCACUUCAAUGAGAAUCUGCUGUGGGCCGGUUCUGCACUGCUUGCUCCGGAGACAGGAGACUUGUGGGCAGCCCUGGGGCAGCGAGCCCCUGGGGGCUCCCCAGGAAGCGCAGGGCUAGUGCGGCAUCUGGAGGAAUAUGCAGCCACACUUGCGAGGAAUAUGGAGCUGACAUACCUGAACCCUGUUGGACUAGUCACACCCAAUAUCAUGCUCAGCAUUGACCGCAUGGAGCAUCCUAGUUCAGCUCAGGGAGCCCGUCGUUACCCCCGCUACCAUAGCAACCUUUUCCGGGGCCAGGAUGCCUGGGAUCCCCAUACACAUGUGCUGUUGCCUUCCCAGUCCCCACAGCCAUCCCCAUCUGAAGCUCUGCCCACAAGCAGCAACACAGAAAACACCACAGCCUCAAGUGUGGUCUCCCCAACAGCGCCCCCAGAGCCUGAGCCUGAGCCUGGGAUCUCCAUUGUCAUUCUCCUUGUGUACCGCACCUUGGGAGGGCUUCUUCCUGCGCAGUUCCAGGCUGAACGCAGGGGCGCCAGGCUCCCCCAGAACCCUGUUAUGAACUCCCCGGUGGUCAGCGUGGCUGUUUUCCAUGGACGCAACUUCCUAAGUGGUGUUCUGGUGUCCCCAAUCAACCUUGAAUUCCGCCUACUACAGACAGCGAAUCGGAGCAAGGCGAUCUGUGUGCAGUGGGACCCACCUGGCCCGGCAGACCAGCAUGGGAUGUGGACGGCAAGGGACUGUGAGCUGGUACACAGGAAUGGAUCCCAUGCACGGUGUCGCUGUAGCCGCACAGGCACUUUUGGAGUCCUUAUGGAUGCCUCUCCCCGUGAGCGGCUAGAGGGAGACCUAGAGCUGCUGGCGGUGUUCACGCACGUGGUCGUGGCCGUGUCUGUGACUGCACUAGUCCUGACCGCUGCUGUCCUGCUGAGCCUGCGCAGCCUCAAGUCCAAUGUGCGUGGGAUCCACGCCAACGUGGCAGCUGCCCUGGGAGUAGCAGAGCUCCUCUUUCUGCUGGGAAUCCACAGGACCCACAACCAGCUGCUGUGCACCGCAGUCGCCAUCCUCCUGCACUACUUCUUCCUCAGCACCUUCGCAUGGCUCCUGGUGCAGGGCCUACACCUUUAUCGGAUGCAGGUUGAGCCUCGGAAUGUGGAUCGUGGUGCCAUGCGCUUCUACCAUGCUUUGGGAUGGGGCGUCCCUGCCGUGUUGUUAGGCCUGGCUGUUGGACUAGACCCAGAGGGCUAUGGGAACUCUGACUUCUGCUGGAUCUCCAUCCAUGAACCUCUUAUCUGGAGUUUUGCUGGCCCUAUUGUCCUUGUCAUUGUGAUGAAUGGGACCAUGUUUCUCCUCGCUGCCCGCACAUCCUGCUCCACAGGGCAGAGGGAGGCCAAGAAGACCUCUGUGCUCAGGACCCUGCGCAGCUCCUUCCUGCUCCUCCUGCUGGUCAGUGCCUCCUGGCUCUUUGGCCUCCUGGCAGUCAACCACAGCGUACUGGCCUUUCACUACCUCCAUGCUGGACUCUGUGGCCUUCAGGGCUUGGCUGUCCUGCUGCUCUUCUGUGUCCUGAAUGCCGAUGCUCGGGCUGCUUGGACCCCGGCCUGUCUAGGCAAGAAGGCAGCUCCUGAGGAGACAAGGCCAGCACCCGGGACGGGGUCUGGAGUCUAUAACAACACCGCCCUCUUUGAGGAGAGUGGCCUUAUCCGCAUCACUCUUGGUGCCUCCACCGUCUCUUCCGUGAGCAGUGCCCGUUCCGGCAGGGCCCAGGACCAGGACAGCCAACGGGGCCGCAGCUACCUCAGGGACAAUGUUCUGGUUCGACAUGGCUCAACCGCUGACCACAUUGAGCACAGCCUCCAGGCUCACACUGGCCCCACUGACCUGGAUGUGGCUAUGUUCCAUCGAGAUGCUGGUGCGGACUCUGACUCUGACAGUGACCUGUCCUUGGAGGAGGAGAGGAGUCUCUCCAUCCCCUCUUCAGAAAGUGAGGACAAUGGCCGGACGCGAGGGCGUUUCCAACGUCCACUCUGCAGGGCAGCCCAGAGUGAGAGGCUCCUUGCCCACCCCAAAGAUAUGGACGGCAAUGACCUCCUGUCCUACUGGCCAGCCCUGGGAGAGUGUGAGGCAGCAGCACCGUGCGCUCUGCAGGCCUGGGGCUCUGAGAGGCGCCUUGGACUAGACACCAACAAAGAUGCGGCCAAUAACAACCAGCCAGAUCUGGCCUUAACUAGUGGAGAUGAAACCUCCCUGGGCCGGGCCCAGCGGCAGAGGAAAGGCAUCCUAAAGAAUAGGUUGCAGUACCCAUUGGUGCCCAAGACUCGAGGCACUCCUGAGCUGUCCUGGUGCCGUGCAGCUACCUUGGGCCACCGGGCUGUGCCAGCUGCCUCCUAUGGUCGCAUCUAUGCAGGCGGGGGCACAGGUAGUCUUUCACAGCCAGCCAGCCGCUACUCUUCCCGAGAGCAGCUGGACUUGCUGCUAAGGCGGCAACUGAGCCGGGAGAGACUAGAGGAAGUUCCAGUUCCCGCCCCUGUUUUGCGUCCCCUGAGCCGGCCAGGCUCCCAGGAACACCUGGAUGUUGCACCAAGCCGCCUAGAGCCCAGAGAUCGGGUCAGCACCCUACCACGGAGGCAGCCACCCCGGGACUACCCUGGAACUAUGGCUGGACGCUUUGGGUCACGGGAUCCACUGGACUUAGGGGCACCCCGAGAAUGGUUGAACACACUGCCCCCACCCCGCCGCAACCGGGACCUUGACCCACAGCACCCACCUCUGCCCCUGACUCCACAGCGGCAAUUCUCAAGGGACCCCCUCUUGCCAUCUCGGCCCCUGGACUCUCUGUCUAGGAUCUCGAACUCUCGGGAGCAGCUGGACCAGGUGCCUAGUCGGCAUCCCUCACGAGAGGCCCUUGGACCAGCCCCACAGCUUCUCAGAGCCAGGGAGGACCCAGCCAGUGGCCCUAGCCAUGGCCCCUCCACGGAGCAACUCGACAUCCUCUCCUCUAUCCUUGCCUCCUUCAACUCCUCAGCCCUGUCUUCAGUGCAGUCCUCAAGCACGCCCUCGGGCCCUCACACCACUGCCACGCCUUCUGCGACAGCCUCUGCACUUGGGCCUUCCACACCUCGCUCAGCCACAUCCCACAGCAUCUCGGAGUUGUCACCAGAUUCAGAACCCAGACAGACACAGGCACUGCUGUCUGCCACACAAGAAAUGGAGCUGCAGAGGCGAGACUACCAUGUGGAGAGGCCUCUGCUGGACCAGGAGCAGCUAGAGGAUCUGGGACACUGGGGCCCGGUGACCAAGACCUACCAGUGGCGAGCUUGGUUUCGGUGCUCCCGUGCUCGGGCCCAUGCUCUUCUGCUCCAUUACGUUCCGGUCUUGGGCUGGUUACCCCGCUAUCCUGUGCGAGACUGGCUCCUGGGUGACCUGUUGUCUGGCCUGAGCGUGGCCAUCAUGCAGCUUCCACAGGGCUUAGCCUACGCCCUCCUGGCGGGAUUGCCUCCUAUGUUUGGCCUGUACAGUUCUUUUUACCCCGUCUUCGUCUAUUUCCUAUUUGGGACCUCUCGACACAUCUCUGUGGGGACCUUUGCUGUCAUGUCUGUGAUGGUGGGCGGCGUGACAGAAUCCUUGACUGCGGACGAGGCCUUCGUGCAAGGCUUGAACGCCACAGUUGAUGAUGCCCGGGUGCAGGUGGCCUACACGCUCAGUUUCCUGGUUGGCCUCUUCCAGGUGGGGUUGGGCCUGGUGCACUUCGGCUUUGUGGUCACCUACCUGUCGGAGCCUCUGGUCCGCAGCUACACCACAGCCGCCUCUGUGCAAGUCCUCGUCUCACAGCUCAAGUAUGUGUUUGGCAUCAAACUGAACAGUCACUCUGGGCCACUGUCCGUUAUCUAUACAGUGCUAGAGGUCUGCGCAAAGCUGCCCCAGACGGUGCCCGGCACCCUGGUCACGGCACUUGUAGCAGGAGUGGUGCUUGUGUUGGUGAAGCUGUUGAAUGAGAAGCUGAAGCGCUAUCUGCCCCUGCCCAUACCUGGGGAACUGCUCACGCUCAUUGGGGCCACCGGUAUUUCCUUCGGUGCUCAACUCCGUGAAAGAUUCCAGGUAGACGUGGUGGGCAACAUCACCACAGGGCUGAUACCCCCGGUGCCACCCAAGACAGAGUUGUUUGCCACACUCGUGGGAAAUGCCUUUGCCAUUGCUGUGGUUGGCUUCGCCAUCGCCAUCUCGCUUGGGAAUAUUUUUGCCCUGAGGCAUGGCUACCGCGUGGACAGUAACCAGGAGCUGGUGGCCCUUGGCCUCAGCAACCUCAUUGGCAGCUUCUUCCAGUGUUUCCCCGUGAGCUGCUCCAUGUCUCGGAGCCUGGUACAGGAGGGUACCGGGGGCAACACACAGGUUGCCGGAGCUGUAUCCUCCCUUUUCAUUCUUCUUAUUAUCGUCAAACUCGGGGAACUCUUCCGAGACCUGCCCAAGGCCGUCCUGGCAGCUGUGAUUAUUGUGAAUCUAAAGGGCAUGAUGAAGCAGUUCUCUGACAUCUGCUCUCUUUGGAAGGCAAAUCGAGUGGACCUGCUAAUCUGGCUGGUGACCUUUGUGGCUACCAUCCUGCUGAACCUGGAUAUUGGCCUGGCGGUUUCCAUAGUGUUCUCCCUGCUGCUCGUGGUGAUCCGAAUGCAGCUGCCCCAUUACUCUAUCCUGGGGCAGGUGCCAGAUACGGAUAUUUAUAGAGACGUGGCAGAAUACUCAGGGGCCAAGGAGGUCCCUGGUGUGAAGAUCUUUCGCUCCUCAGCCACCAUUUACUUUGCCAAUGCUGAGCUCUACUGUGACUCGCUGAAACAGAAGUGUGGUGUGAACGUGGACCACCUCGUCUCCCAGAAAAAGAAGCGAAUCAAAAAACAGGAGAUGAAGAUGAAGCGAAUGAAAAAAGCCAAGAAGUCUCAGAAGCAGGAUGCCUCUUCCAAGAUCGCCUCAGUUUCAGUCAACAUCAACACUGGCUUCGAAGACAUCAAAAGCAAUGAUGUGGAGGGUUCCGAGGCCAAGGUGCACCAAAGGGAAGGGCUGGAGGAUGCAGUCACCGGCAGUCAAGAAGAUGUCAAGGCCCCAACCGUGAACACACUGAAGUCCCUUGGCCUACCCCAGCCAGACUUCCAUAGCCUCAUCCUAGACCUGAGCACUCUCUCCUUCGUGGACACUGUGUGCAUUAAGACCCUGAAGAACAUUUUCCAUGACUUCCGGGAGAUCGAGGUGGAAGUGUACAUCGCUGCCUGUUACAGUCCUGUGGUCACCCAGCUUGAGGCUGGACACUUCUUCGAUGACUCUAUCACUAAGCAGCAUCUUUUUGCCUCUGUCCAUGACGCUGUGACCUUUGCCCUCCACCACCGGAAGCCUGGCCCUAAGAGCUCUGUUUUGGCCACCAAACUCUGACUUUGCUGCUGGAGAUUGCCUACCUCUAGAGGUUGUGACAGGUCACCCUCAUGAAACUCCUGCCUCUGGGUCCCCUCCAGGUGCCCCCAGGACUCCGGUCCAUGUCUGUGCACAUAUAGCACGUGGAUGCCCUGAGUUCAGUGCUACAGGCUUGGGGCAGGGCAUUGCAGUCAGGCUGGCCUUGGCUGGGUGCUGGGAGGGAGCUGAUGUGGAUUUACAUACAGCUCUGGGAAUAAAUGCGUGUGUCCAACGUCA